GUUGAACCAAUCAGAGCCCGAGAAAGGCUCUCGCGUGGACCGCUUCCUGAUGCCCUACACUUAACUGCGCUCGAGACCAGCAGCCUGCUCUGCCUUCACUGCUCUGCACCACGGUCAGGAUCACAUUGCCCUUGCGCUGCUUAGGCCAGAUAAGAAACUGCAACAUGUCCAUCCUGAAGAUUCACGCUCGAGAGAUUUUCGACUCCCGUGGAAACCCCACGGUGGAGGUUGAUCUCUACACCAAAAAAGGUCUCUUCAGAGCUGCAGUGCCCAGUGGUGCUUCUACUGGUAUCUAUGAAGCCCUUGAACUCCGCGACAAUGACAAGACACGUUAUAUGGGAAAAGGGGUGAAAAGAGCUGUUAAAUAUGUAAAUGAGUUCUUGGCCCCUGCUUUAUGUAAUCAGAGCGUGUCAGUCUUGGAGCAGGAGAAGAUCGACCAGCUGAUGCUUGAUAUGGAUGGCACAGAAAACAAGUCAAAGUUUGGUGCCAAUGCCAUCCUGGGCGUUUCCCUGGCUGUGUGCAAGGCUGGUGCUGCAGAGAAAGGCGUCCCUCUCUAUCGCCACAUUGCAGACCUCGCUGGCAACGCUGAAGUCAUUCUUCCAGUACCUGCCUUCAAUGUUAUCAACGGCGGCUCUCAUGCUGGUAACAAGCUAGCCAUGCAGGAGUUCAUGAUCCUCCCUGUUGGCGCCAGCAACUUCAAAGAGGCCAUGCGCAUCGGUGCUGAAGUUUAUCACAACUUGAAGAAUGUAAUCAAGGAGAAGUAUGGCAAAGAUGCCACCAAUGUGGGCGAUGAAGGUGGCUUCGCCCCCAACAUCCUUGAAAACAAAGAAGCUCUUGAGCUCUUGAAGAAUGCUAUCAGCAAAGCUGGCUACACUGACAAGAUUGUGAUUGGCAUGGAUGUGGCCGCCUCUGAGUUCUACAAGGGUGGCAAAUACGACCUGGACUUCAAAUCACCUGACGAUCCCAGCCGUUACAUCUCCCCUGAUGAGCUGGCCGAUCUCUACAAGAGCUUUGUCAAGAAUUACCCUGUGGUCUCCAUCGAGGAUCCAUUUGACCAGGAUGACUGGGAGGCUUGGACCAACUUUACUGCCAGCACCAGUAUCCAGGUGGUGGGUGAUGACCUCACAGUGACCAACCCCAAGCGCAUCGCUAAAGCCGUAUCUGAUAAGGCCUGCAACUGUCUGCUGCUCAAGGUCAACCAGAUCGGAUCAGUCACCGAGUCCCUCCAGGCCUGUAAGAUGGCUCAGUCCAACGGCUGGGGUGUGAUGGUCAGUCAUCGUUCUGGAGAAACAGAAGACACUUUCAUUGCUGACCUGGUGGUCGGACUCUGCACCGGCCAGAUCAAGACUGGUGCUCCAUGCCGAUCCGAGCGCCUGGCCAAGUACAAUCAGCUGCUGAGGAUUGAAGAGGAGCUUGGUGACAAGGCUCGCUUCGCUGGCAAGAACUUCAGGAGGCCCAUCUGAAGCAGCUUCUCUCAGUGUGUUUAUCAUGCUUAAUCUCCACACAUAACGCCACGCAAUGUCAGUUCCCGUAGAAUGGAGACAAGUCGGUAAAGCAGUGAAUUUAAAGGUCCAGCUCUGUAGUCUAUGACAAGAAACGCUGCUCUCGGUGUCGACCCCUCCCACAUCCCAUCUAUGCUUUGGUAUCAAAAUAGCAUUGGUCCUUUAAUUGUGUCUCGGUGUUGUGUGAGAGAUCUUUGUUUAGCUUCCUGUAAGUUGUAGUGAUUCUGGUGCACCACUGAGCUACUGUAAGUUGUUCGGUGUGUUGCUGUGUGCGGCACUAUCUGUGUUGUAUUGCUUUUAAAAAGUGUUAGUUCUAUAUGCGUGGCAUAAUAAUAAAUAAAUUAUCUCUACUGAAACGAAA